UUUGAUAAUUUCCAAGUGUGCUGUAACUAACUCGAUUGUAAAAAUCGAACAAUAAAUUUUGUUAGCUAUAAUCAAUUAAUGAACCUGAAAGAAAUGUCAUGAUAUCUAUAAUUUAGUAUAUUCUUCCGUUUUAUCGUUAAAAUGGAUUUUGGUACUUUACUAAGUGUGGCCCAGAAAAAUGAAAAUAAUAAGCAGUCAAUUGCUUGUUACCAAACAAAAUUUUCUCCACCCAAAAAACCAACCAAGCAGAGCAAAUCACUUUCGGACAAUAUAAAAAAAUUUUUAGCUCGUAAGGAAGAAGAAGAACGCCAGAAAGCAUUAGAAGAAAAGAAAAAGAGAGAGAAUUUAUUAGCACUUCGUGAUCAUAAAGCUCAAAGUCGAAUAAAUAAACAUUUGAAAGUAUGUAAAGCUGCAAAUAAAUCUGUAUUGCCAGAUGCAAUUGACAAUGAGAACACAGCUGUUACAAUGGCAGGUCCUUCACAACCUGAUGAAGACGACUACGGAUAUGUUUCGCAGGAAGCGUCUGCAUUUUAUAAUCAAUUAAUGAGUAAAUACAACAAUACGACUUCGCAAAAACCAGUUUUCGAUGACUGCCGAAAAAGGACAAUAAAAGAUAUAGCAUCUACAAAAGAUAGAGUAAAACUAGCUUUAAAGCAAGAAGCAGAAGAAACUUCAGGACACCGUCGGAAAAGAAAACAUUCCGUAAAAGAGGUAGAAUUAGAAGUAGAAGAAAAAACUGAAAAAGAGACUAAAGAUGAAAAAAAGGAAAAAGAUGAGAAGCCAAAAGCCAAGAGGAAACCUAUGCCACCACCAAUUGAUUUUACUGAAUUACUAAAAAUUGCUGAAAAGAAACAACAUGAACCAAUCAUUAUCGAAGCUAAACCAAAAAGUGAUGAACCAGAAAGGUUAUUGACGAAAAAACAAAUGAAAGAAUAUGCAAAAGAAAAAGAAUGGCGAGAACGAAAAGAACAGCGAAAUAAACUUGGCAAUAUGAAUAAUAAAGAGGGAAAUGGUACGACAUCUAAUAAACUAAAUAAAACACAAGAUUGUCGUAGUAAUACCAGUUCUUCUAACAAAAUAUCAAAAGUAUCGGAAAAAUUAACCGCAGUAUCUUCAAUUUCGAAUAAAACUCUUUCCAAAGCAACAGGAUUACAAUCAUCAACUUCUAAAAAGGGAGGUAUUGAGAAACCUAAUCUCAAUAAAGUUACUCCAAACAAGCCCAACAUUUCAAAAACAUCUGAAAGAGAUAUACUUUCUGAGGAAAGAAAAAGGUUGGAAACAGAGAGAAAAAAAUUAGAAGAAAUGCGACAAGCAAUUGAAGAAGAAAAGAAGAAAUUAAGAUUAAGCAAAACUCAGAUUCAAGAUACGAAAAACCCGAAAAUUGAAAAGUCAGUAUCAAAAAUGAAAGUAGAGAAACAAGAGUUAUCGAAAAAUAUACAUAAAGAAUCUCCAGCAAUUAGUGUAACAAAGUGUCGUAUACCACAAACAGUGAAUGAUAAAAUAAAACAAUUUCCACCAGCAGACAUGAAGUCAAUCAAAUCUAAACAAAUGCUUCCUUUAAAGGAACAGAGGAAGUCAUUGGUUAACCAUAAACGUCGUAUAAGAGACGAGGAUGAUGAAGAGGAAUAUGACUCUGAGCUUGAAGAUUUUAUUGAUGAUGAAGUAGACGAAGGAAAUGAAGAUUAUAGUAAAUAUAUAAGCGAAAUAUUUGGUUAUGAUAAAAAUAAAUAUAAACAUGUUGACCAUGACGAUGAUGUAGCUAUGGAAAGCAGUUUUGCACAACAGCUCAAAGAGGAAUAUGUAUCUGCUAAAAUAGGUAUAAUGGAAGAUUUAGAAGACAUGCGUAUGGAAGCUUUGGAAAAAAAAAGGAAAGCUCUCUUUAAAAAAAAAUUUAAGAAGUAAUUUUAAAAUUGUUUACAAAUUUGUAUAAAAUUCUAUUUAAUAAACUAUUACAUGCUUAUAUGAA